GAAAAAAUAGACAAUGUCGUUAUUUUCAUCUUUACCAGCAGACAGCUAAUCAGGGUUCAAUGGUUAGUCGUGAGUUUCUGAAUCAUUAGUUCAGGAAUAUUGUCCCAGAGCUUGUCGAUUUUAACGAUUGCAAACACCCAAAUUUUGCAUUGCGAUGACCGAUGAAGACCGGAAGAUUUCUGUUGGGCUGUUGACUGUCAGUGACCGCUGUUUCCAACAGUUGACCAAAGACAUCAGCGGAAGCUGUCUGCGUGAAUUGGUUGAUGGAGGCUUUCAUCUAAAAGCCAAAGUCCUGGUGGAGGAAUGUGUUCCUGAUGAAUUAGAAGCCAUAAACACAGUUCUUACCAAUUGGUGUGAUUGUUUGAAAGUUAAUUUGAUUUUCACUUUAGGAGGAACAGGGUUUUCUCCAAGAGAUAUAACACCAGAAGCAACCAGGACAGUCAUUGAGAGGGAAGCUCCUGGUCUCAGCUUGGCAAUGAUAAAAAUGUCACUUGAAAUCACUCCUCUUGCUAUGCUAUCCAGGCCAGUAUGUGGCAUUAGAAAGCAAAGUCUUAUCAUAAAUUUACCUGGAAGUCCGAAGGCUGUUAAAGAAUGCUUUCAAAUGAUAGCUCCAUCCUUGCAACAUGCUGUUGAUUUAAUAACUGGAAGCAAAGAUGUUGCUGAAACCCAUAAGAUUAUGCAGUUGUCUGCAAUGCAGGUCAAAAGACAUCAUCAUUCCUGCCAGAAUUUAAGUCCAGGGGACCCUCAAGCAGUUGCAUUCCGUCCUAGACAUUCAAAUUUUCCAAUGAUAAAUGUAACGGAAGCGCAAGACAUUGUUCUUAAUCACUGCAGUGUCACAGCAUACGAAGCUAUCGAUUAUAUGGGUGGUGUUGGCCGUGUACUGGCUUCAGACAUCUUUUCACGGGAUCCCCUUCCCCCUUUUCCAGCUUCAAUGAAAGAUGGCUAUGCUGUCAUAGCUUCGGAUGGCCUAGGUGUGCGACAAGUAAUUGGUGCGUCGAUCGCGGGUUCACAACUUGCUGAAGUAAAGAUUCACUCUGGAUAUUGUGCCAGGAUCAGCACAGGUGCUCCCUUACCACCAGGAGCCGACUCCGUUAUUAUGGUGGAAGAGACCAAAUUAAUUUCUGCGUCUGAAGAUGGCCAAGAAGAAUUGCAAGUUGAAAUAAUGGCUGAAGUUCAACGUGGUCAGGAGAUCCGGUCUAUUGGCUGCGAUAUCAAAGAAGGAGAUCUUGUGCUUGAAAGGGGAACUGUUCUCACUCCUACUGACGUGGGAAUUCUCGCCACGGUAGGUCAAACGGAGGUAGAAGUUUACGCAUUACCAAUCGUAGCCGUGUUAUCUACUGGUAACGAGUUACAAGAAAGCAAAACCGACUUGCAAUCCGGACGCAUCCGAGACAGUAACCGACCAGCAUUACUGACCUUCUUAAAGCAACAGGGAUUUCCCACCGUCGACGCUGGAAUAGCCGAAGAUCAUCCUGAGUCACUACAUCAGCGGAUCAAUGCAGCUUUUGAGAAGGCGGAUGUUCUAGUCUCUACUGGAGGGGUUUCAAUGGGUGAAAUGGAUCUACUUCGCCACAUUUUAGUUAGUAGAUUCAACGCCGUGAUCCACUUCGGUCGCGUUGAUAUGAAACCUGGAAAGCCAACCACUUUUGCCUCGUGUCAACAUGAUGGGAAGACAAAAUUAAUCUUUGCCUUGCCAGGAAAUCCUGUCUCCGCUAUAGUGACUUGUCAUCUGUUCGUUAUCCCAGCUUGUAAAAAAAUGUCCGGGCAUGGAAGACAUCUUCCAAUAAGGGUAAGAGCAGAGCUGUCGAACUCCAUAGGUCACUUUCCUCUUGAUUCUCGCCCAGAAUAUCAUCGUGUGACUCUUCAGUGGCAUGCAGAGAAACCCAUUGCAUGCGCGAUCUCCACUGGAAACCAAAGAAGUAGUCGCCUUCAAAGUAUGAGUCGUGCCAAUGGGCUCGCCAUUUUACCCUCCAAGACACCAGAAAUAUUGACGAUUCCUAAUGGAACAAUCGUGGAUGUAUUAGUGAUAGAUAUGUUCUGAUAAGUUACAAUGUAUAAUGGAAACAAUAAAGAAAAAUGGGGUAUCUUCUCUCUUA